CGCCGCGCCGCGUUCGAAAUUUGAAUCAGUCUGCUUCAAGCUACAGACGGGGAAGGACGCGCGCUCGUUUUGUACUAAAUAAAAUAUGUUUACGAUUGAUCAGUGUUUACCAACAGUGAUUUAGUGACUGAGUUGCCUGAAUAUGACAUGAUAUACUAGUGUUAUUUAUUGUUUGUGAAUAACAUACAAUGGCUCGGAUUUUUUGUUUUCUCCUGUUUGUGUGGCUGGUGUCUGCUGACCAGGAAGAGGGUGAAGGUGGCAAGUGCGAGAGGAUCAAGCUGCCACUAUGUCAGGAUUUGGGAUACAAUUGGACUGCUAUGCCAAACCUAAUGGGACACAAAGAUCAGAAGGAAGCUGAGAAUGCGAUGGUGUUGUUCGCGGGUAUACUGUCGAGUGGGUGCUCGGUGCACGCUCGGUUCCUGCUGUGCUCUGCGUUCGCUCCGCUGUGCUCGGAGGAGGUGUCCGGCUCCGUCAGCGCCUGCCGCGCGCUCUGCGAGACCGUGGUCGACGACUGCAAGGAACAACUCAAGCAGAUGCUGCCCAGCAUCGUCCUCGACUGCUCCGCCUUCCCCCUGAGAGCUGACCGGAGGCUGUGCAUGCGACCGCCCAAUGGUAGCGAGUCGUCUGAACCUGAACCGUUACCAGCUUCAAGAUGGCCUUUCCACGAUCACGACAUAAGGGAGCAUGGAUGCCCGUCAGCAUACACGAGGGCACCAACAGGCGAAUGCUGGCCUGCGUGCGGACAACACGCUAGUUACACCCAGACUGAGAAGAGGAAAGCGGAAAUUUGGAUGAACACACUGGCGUGGUUCUCCUUACUGUCCACGUCAUUCGCACUGCUCACAUUCUGCGCGGAGCCGUCGCGGUACAGGUACCCAGAGCGACCCGUGGUGUGGAUGGCAGCGUGUCACGCCAUCGUGGCGCUGGCAUACGUCGCUCGAAGCUGGCUGGGAGCUAAAAUGGUGUCCUGCUCUGGCAAUACGCUAGCUGUGGAUGGCCUAGCGUCCCCGAUGUGUGUCGCCUUCUUCUCCUUCACCUAUUACUUCACAUUAGCCGCGGAUGCGUGGUUUGCUAACGCGUGCGUGGCGUGGUACCUGACUGCAGCUAGUGAAUGGUCUACCGAGGCAUUGGAACGUGCUGCUGCGUAUCUUCACGCCGUGUCAUGGGGCUGGGCAGGAGCAUGGACGGCGGCCGCUCUAGCUUUGAGGAGAGUGACAGCUGACGAGUUGACCGGAACGUGUGGAAUAUCAGACGCUGCAGCGGCAGCGCUGAUCGGCGUGCCGAGAGGUGCACUGUUAGUGACGUCAGUGGCUCUGGCCAUCGGAGCGUGUCCCGGCAUCAUGAGGGUGCGGCGCGCGCUAGACUCCCGCGGGGCUAAGCGCGUGGGACGGCUGGCGGCGCGCGCGGCUGCGGCCGGGCUGCUGUACCUGGCGCUGGCGGCGCUGAGCACGGGCGCGCGCGUGCUGGAGGGCCGGCUGCGCCAGCGGCGCGCGGGGCUGGCGCUGCUGGGCGCGGCGGAGGCGGGCGCGGGCGCGGGCGCGCUGUGCGUGUGCGCGGCGCUGGCGUGCGGCGUGGCGGCGGGCGCGUGGGCGUGGUCGCGCAAGUCGGCGGCGGUGUGGGGGCGCGCGCUGUGCCCGCCGCGCAAGGCGUGCGUGGCGCCGCCACUGCUGCGCCCGGCGCGCUGCCCGCCCUACUACAAGCGCCCGCUGCACGUGUCGCGCGUCUGACGCGCCCGACGUGUUCAUACUCGCGACAGGACGAUAGACUCAGUGUUUAACUCGAGUGAUCAAAAGUGCCUGGUGUUGCCUUCUGUGAAGGCGUUCUCGAUUAUAACUUUUUUGUAAAAAUUGUAAAUAUUGUACAUUUUAUUAAUU